AAGCUCCGCUGCGCCCUCCAGCGGUGACUGACGCAGCGGAAAACAAGUGCACUGCAGCUGAACGGCGCAUUCGGUGAGAGGUCGGUAAAGCAGUCGAGCCUGCUCGUCGGCGAACCUCUACUCUACCUCGCUCGAAUCCGGACCCACGUUUAAGUUUUGUCCUCAAAAAUCCCGCAAGUCGAAGACACAGCAGAAUAAUCGUAGUGCUGGACACAGCUCAGAUAUUGCCGCGAACGCUGAGGGCUGAGAAAUGGCAACGACAACUUGCACGCGCUUCACCGACGAGUACCAGCUGUAUGAAGAACUUGGAAAGGGGUCCUUCUCAGUGGUGCGACGUUGUGUCAAGCUGUGCACGGGCCAAGAGUAUGCUGCCAAAAUCAUCAACACCAAAAAGCUCUCGGCAAGAGAUCACCAGAAGCUGGAACGGGAAGCCCGUAUCUGCCGUCUGCUCAAACAUCCCAAUAUCGUGCGGCUCCAUGACAGUAUAUCAGAGGAAGGCUUCCAUUACCUCUUAUUUGACCUUGUGACGGGAGGAGAGCUGUUUGAAGACAUCGUAGCCAGAGAAUAUUACAGUGAAGCUGACGCCAGUCAUUGUAUCCAUCAGAUUCUAGAGAGUGUCAAUCACAUUCACCAUCAUGACAUAGUACACAGGGACCUGAAGCCAGAGAACCUGCUCUUGGCCAGUAAAUGCAAGAACGCCGCCGUCAAGCUGGCCGACUUUGGCCUGGCCAUUGAAGUGCAGGGGGACCAGCAGGCCUGGUUUGGGUUCGCUGGAACGCCAGGUUACCUUUCCCCAGAAGUGCUACGAAAGGAGGCUUAUGGGAAACCUGUGGACAUUUGGGCAUGUGGAGUCAUCCUGUAUAUUCUGCUGGUGGGAUAUCCUCCGUUUUGGGAUGAAGACCAGCACAAACUCUACCAGCAGAUCAAAGCCGGGGCUUAUGACUUCCCCUCGCCAGAGUGGGACACAGUCACCCCUGAGGCCAAAAACCUCAUCAAUCAGAUGCUGACCAUCAAUCCAGCCAAGAGAAUCAUGGCCCAGGAGGCUCUUAAACACCCGUGGGUCUGCCAACGUUCCACUGUGGCGUCCAUGAUGCACAGACAGGAAACAGUCGAGUGCCUGAAGAAGUUCAACGCAAGAAGGAAACUCAAGGGUGCGAUAUUGACCACCAUGCUGGUGUCGCGCAAUUUCUCUGUGGGCAGGCAGACCACGGCACCCGCCUCCGUCUCUGCGGCCGCCGCUGCAGCCGGUACCACCACCAGUCUGGUGGAACAAGCAGCCAAGAGCCUGCUCAACAAGAAGGCCGAUGUCAAGCCGCAGUCAAACAGUGCCAAAAACAGCAUAGUCACCAGUCCCAAAGGAAACGUCCCUUCUCCUGCUCUGGAGCCUCAGACCACUGUUAUCCAUAACCCAGUGGAUGGGAUCAAGGAAUCUUCAGACAGCAGCAACACCACCAUUGAGGAUGAAGACGUCAAAGGGAAAAGCCUAGAUAGCAGUUCAGUUAAAGCCCCCUCUGAAGUCAGCCAAUCACCUCCGGGCUCCGUCCCCGCCAUUUUCUCCACCAAGCUGACCGACAUCCUGGGCUGCGCCCGUAGGGGCUCGGGACCCUCGGCAGUGCCUGAUAGUGAAGCAGCUGCCCACUCCACACAAUCCCCUCCACAGACCCCCAUCAUGCAGACCCAGUUCACAGAUCUGGUGAGCAGUGUGGGGCGCGCACCUGUCCCGCAGCCUCAAACGGAGUCGCCUUCCUCUCGAACUUCUGUCCCCACUCCCCAAACCUCCUCCCCCCCAACCCUGCCCCCCUCUGUGUCUGUACAGACACGCAAACAGGAAAUCAUUAAGAUCACGGAGCAGCUGAUAGAAGCCAUCAAUAAUGGGGACUUUGACGCCUAUGCGAAAAUCUGUGACCCUGGACUGACCUCCUUUGAACCCGAGGCUUUGGGGAACCUAGUUGAGGGAAUGGACUUCCAUAGAUUCUACUUUGAGAACUUGCUUUCUAAGAACAGCAAGCCCAUCCACACCACCAUCCUGAACCCUCACGUGCACCUGAUUGGAGAAGAGGCCGCCUGCAUCGCCUACAUCCGUCUCACCCAGUUUGUGGAUGGACAGGGCCGGCCACGCAGCAGCCAGUCGGAGGAGACCCGCGUGUGGCACCGUCGGGACUCCAAAUGGCAGAACGUUCAUUUCCACUGCUCUGGUGCACCGGCUGCCCCUCUCCAGUGAAGAGUGGCCCUGCAACAGAUACAUUAGAUGCGAGUGACAAGGAGGACUGAUAGGUCCAGCGUCGGAGCGCUCCGAAACCUCCAGCCUUCCAACGCUGGACACAGCCGUCCUCCCCUGCAUGCAAACCAACAGUUAUCUCUCUACCUGCUGGGCUGCUCCAGAACCCCCCUCACCUCCGACUCCACCCAGCACGCUCCCGAACGUCCGACCGAACGUCUUUAUGCCAAGACUAACUCCCGACGCAAGAGCAGCACUGCAUAUAUUAAUCAUCGAGAGCAAUCAUAGACUCCAGGUUCCCGUCUAGAGUUAUAAUAACCCGCACGAUUGCCUUUGCGCUCGUCUUCACUGGCCUUAUGCCCCCUGUGCCCAGGUACUCCCAAAUACAGUAGAUCAUGUUUUAAUAAAAAUAUCAUUAUUAUUAUUGUAUUUAUUGUUAUUGUUACUACUAUUGAUUAUAUAUGAUUAUUACUUCCGUCAGGAUUCUAAGUAUUGCUGUUGUUCUUGAGAUUGUAUAUUUGAUGGUAAAAUUACUGAUGUUUUGUUUCAAAACAUUUGAUUUUUUCUCUCUUUUUUGUAAGCAUGGAUUUUAAGUAUUUUUUUGGUGUUCAAAUAAUCUGAAGUCUAUCUAAAAGCAGCUGCACUCACAUGGUUUUAAGAUUCAAAACUCGUGGCGAGCAGUUUUUCUGUCACCGUGAUCAGUGUUUGUAUUAUCAGGUCACCAAUCAGAUCUCUUGGAGGCAGCUGACAUCAUCACAUCAUUGAGAUUCGCCUCGUAUAUCUGCAGGUUGCCAAGUUGAUUUUUUUCAAAAGGAGCUUUUUGUCUCUAAAUCAGAGCAUGAUCUCAUGUAUUGGCCCUUGAUGACCAGCAGCUGAUGUGUCCUUCUUAUUGACAAUCAAUGCUGAUCUGGUUUUAUGUGAGUUUUGGUGGUCUGUGAGACUAGGAAUGUCUGUUGAAGCUAGUCUUCUUUGUCUCGAGGGAUCUAGUAGGAUGUUUCGAGAGAGUACAGUAUGUUGUUUUUAAGGGCCUUUAUUGUAAAGCAGCAGGAUAUUUACCGCUGUUCACUGGCCAAGUGUAUUCAAGAUUUAAAUAGCCAUU